CCCCCGCCCCACGGCGUGAGGCUGUGACGCCAAGGUGUUGACAUUUGGCGGGAAUUAAGAGACGUGGCUGGGCUAACGGGGUAGACGUGCGGCCAUGGCGGGGCGGCGUGGUGCCCUCAUCGUGUUGGAGGGUAUGGAUCGCGCUGGGAAGACUACCCAGUGCCGGAAGCUUGUGGCGGCCCUGCUGGAGUCUGGACAGCGGGCAGAACUUCUCCGGUUCCCGGAGAGAUCCACAGAAAUUGGCAAGCUGCUGAGCUCUUACCUGGAGAAGAAGAGCAACAUGGAGGAUCACACAGUGCAUCUCCUUUUUUCUGCAAACCGCUGGGAACAGGUACCACUGAUUAAAGAAAAGUUGAGUCAAGGCAUCACCCUGGUAGUAGACAGGUAUGCCUUCUCUGGUGUAGCCUUUACAAGUGCCAAAGAGAAUUUUUCCAUAGACUGGUGUAAGCAGCCAGACGUGGGGCUCCCCAAGCCAGACCUGAUCCUCUUCCUUCAGCUGAACUCCCUGGAAGCGGCGAAACGGGGAGAUUUUGGCACUGAGCGCUAUGAAAACAGCGCCUUCCAAGAGAAAGCCUUGCAGUGUUUCUGCCAACUAAUGAAAGAUGAUUCGUUAAACUGGAAGACCAUCGAUGCAUCUCAAAGCAUAGAAGACUUGCACAAGGAGAUUUACUCCCUUUCUGAAGAGACCAUUCAAAUGGCUCGAGAUACUCCCAUUGGAGAGUUGUGGAAAUAGGGCCAGGCUGGCCAGCUCUCUGUGCUCAGCAGGAUGGCAGGGAGUGCCUCGGCUCAGCCCACCGGAAGAAAAUGCUGAUGUCUGAGAACUUAAAAAGGACCAUUGGAUGGCUGUGGGUUACAUCAGGAGACCUGACCUGGACAUUCUUAAUCUGGGCUGAGGUCGCAGCCCUCCUGAAUAAGGUGUGAAGAUAAUGGACCAGAACCGCUUUUCAGGGCAGUGGACAGGAAACAUGUUUCUGCUGAGCCAGAAGAGUGAUUUAAGAUUUCUUCCCAAUUCUGGGAUUAGAGAAAACGCAUUCUCCUUCCUUUUUAGCCCUUUCAGUUUCCCUUCUCGGCCUUGUUUCAAGUGGAAUCAUCGAAGUAUUAUCAAAAUAAAUGAAUUGUUUGAUCUGGUUUCCUCUAUUUUAGGAUUGACACUAAAUUUGAAUAAUCCUGGAUCAUCUAGGCUGACUUCAGCCCCAAUGUUAACCUGACCUACGUGAUGGUACUCUUUUUGAAAAGUUCAACUUGUCUUAACAUUCUGUCCCUCUGCCCUUCUUUAAAAUACUCUCCAUCCUUUGGGGAUGGAUGAAAACAUCCUGCUCUCCAAUAGAAACGUAUGUUCAGUUGGGAAAAUAGCUGUGGGAAGCUUGAGGUUUCCUACGUCUUUUCUUUGGAUUCAAAAUGUGGAAUCUUAAACCCUGAAUUUGGAUUAGAAUGAGAAACACUUGAAUGCUGCUAUUAGAUGGUAUUGGUCAUGGUCCCUCAUCUCCCAGAAGUCAGUUCUUACCCAGUUUUGCCAUCAGUAAUACACCAGCUGGGUCCAGUUUCUUGAGCAGCCUGAAUAAACAUAAACUCUAGUGACUUGGAAAGUACCUUCUCCACAAGGCGGGGAAGGCAGCCAACAGGACCUGUUGGGAAGAGUGGGGGACCUGGGUUCCAAUCCCACCUCUGACCUUGGGCUGUAAGUAACAGCAGGUCACCUCUGUCUACCUUGGCUUCGGAAUGAGGAUGAAGCUGUGGUACAUGGCUCGGGGCAGUCCUCAUAACUUAGAGGACUCCAGAAAUGUCGGUUUCUGUUACAAAUGCUUGUUAAUUAUUGGGGAUGGAAAUGGUGUAACUCCUAAGUUUGCCAGGUUGAAAACAUCACCAUGAAAUAAAGGCUCCGUUUGGUAUUUGGUCGAGAUCAAA